AUGCCGUUUCAUGUGAAAAUCCAACCGAUCGACUCCGGUGUACCGGAAAAUCAUCUACCAUUCCCGGAGACGAUGAAGCAAAUGCCGAAAUCGCGGCUGAAGCGUCUCUUCGAGCGUCAGUUCAGUAUAAAGAACACGUCGGAGAAAUUUACCGCCGGCGAGUUUGAGGCACCGCUUUCGAGAGGCAACUCGGGGGAUUUCGAGCCGAGCUCCGUCUGCUUGGCGAAGAUGGUUCAAAACUUCAUCGAGGAUAACAACAACGGCGAGAAACAGCGGUGUGGCCGUCGCCGAUGCAACUGCUUUACUGGAAGUGGCACGGAGAGCUCAGACGAUGAAUCUGAAUGGUCCGAUGGCCUGAAAUGUUACUCCGGUGAAGCAUGUGAAAUCCUCAAGAAUUUGGUCCUUUGUACAAGCGUCCAUGAGAGGAAUCUACAUGACGACGUAACUAAGAUUGUGGAAACAAGCAGAAAUUGCAGUGGCAAAGACGGAACUUGCUUAAAAACUGUGGCUAAUGGGUUAGUGAGCUUAGGCUACGAUGCGGCUAUUUGCAGAUGUCGCUGGGAGAAGUCACCUUCUUGUCCUUCUGGGGAAUAUGAGUAUGUGGAUGUGGUAGUCGAAGGUGAAAGACUGUUGAUCGACGUGGAUUUCAAAUCCAAAUUCGAGAUUGCUCGUGCGACGAAGACGUACAAGUCGAUCCUGCAAACUCUGCCUUACGUAUUUGUGGGGAGAGAGGAUCGGUUGCAGAGGAUCAUCAUCCUUGCAUGUAAAGCCGCGAAGCAGAGCUUGAAGAAGAAAGGACUUCAUGUGCCGCCAUGGAGGAGAGCAGAGUAUGUUAAAUCGAAGUGGAUGUCUCCUUAUGUUCGUGUAGAUGGCGAAGAAGACAAGCAGGAACGAGUAGAUAUGUUAACUAGAUCGGUAGGUGCCAUAGUCUUUGGUGUUUGA